AUGCCGGCGGCCACGUGCCGGCCCCUGAGGGGACACGUGGGGCCAGCACCACUGAGCCGCAGGUGGCCACCCGGGGAAGCGUCGGGCCAAGCAGUGCUGGCGGGCCGCAGGCUGCCCGCUCCCUCUCCCGGCCCCGCUGCCCUUGGCGGCGUUGGGGGAGCGGGAGGGCGGCGGGUUGAGGGCUCCGGGGGUCCAGCGUUCCGCAGGGAUGAUGCCGACGGGCAGCCGGAGAAGCGGCUUCGGAGGGAGCGCGGCUGGUGGCGGCACGGGGGGCUGGCGCAAGGCGACGCUUCUCUGCUUGAAAACAGUGGCGUCGAGGCAUUUUGGGGCUGUCACAUUCCUUCCAGGUCAAAUCCAGUGGAGGGCAAGCUUAUCUUCUGCAACGGGGUGGUCCUGCACCGGUUGCAGUGCGUCCGCGGCUUUGGGGAGUGGAUCGAUUCCAUUGUUGAAUUUUCCUCCAACUUGCAAAACAUGAACAUCGAUAUCUCUGCCUUCUCUUGCAUCGCUGCCCUGGCCAUGGUCACAGAGAGGCACGGGCUUAAAGAACCCAAGAGGGUGGAAGAACUUCAAAACAAGAUUGUAAAUUGUCUCAAAGACCAUGUGACUUUUAAUAAUGGGGGGCUGAAUCGCCCCAACUAUUUGUCCAAACUCUUGGGGAAGCUCCCCGAACUUCGCACGCUUUGCACGCAGGGGCUGCAGCGCAUUUUCUACCUGAAACUGGAGGAUUUGGUGCCACCACCAGCAAUAAUUGACAAACUUUUCCUGGACACUUUACCUUUCUAAGACUCUUCCCAUGCACUUCCACUGAACUGAAGAGGAACUUCCCCCGUCCGACGGGGAAUUCGCCGGGGCCCAGAGCAGCACCUCUGGGUGCCAGCGUCCCACCCCGACCAGUGUUGCAAACCUCCUGCAGGCAGAACGUCAAUGGGCAUUUUGGCUCUGGGGCAUCAUGGAUGCAGAUCAUGGACUACACAGAUACCAUGGUAUAAACUUUUUAUUAUCAGCUUAUAAAUGAAUUUAUUAUUAAGGACUUCUGAUUAAAAAGAUGAACAUAUCUGGCAACGCCGGGUGCGCAGCUAAGACUCAUACGGUGGCAAACAAAGUGUUAAGGUGACCCACAAGUCUCACCCUCCUAAAGACUAAAGUUUUCUGCUGUAAAAGAAAGCUGUAAUAUAUACAAAACCUAAAUGUUGCGUGGGUGGCAUGUCAUUUAAGAAGGCGAAGGCUUGUAAAUUUAUCAGAUGCAGUUUGGCUUUUUAAAAAUUAUUCUGUGCCUAUUUAUGAAAUAUGGGAAACAAUUCUAAGGAAAAAAAAAUUAAAAAUAAAAGCUAAACGUGUUUGCAAAAAAAGAAGAAAAAAAAAAAGGGGAGGGGGGAGGGAGAAAAAAGAGAAAGAAAAAUAAAUCUCUCCGUACCAGGAAAGCAUGACGAUUCUAGGGUGACGAUGUUAUAGGCACUUGCUAUUUCAGUAAUGUCUAUAUUCUAUAAAUAGUAUUUCAGACACUAUGUAGUCUGUUAGCUUUUAUAAAGACUGGUAGUUAUCUAAGCUUCAAACAUUUUCUCAAUUGUAAAAUAGGUGGGCACAAGUAUUACAGAACCCGAAAUCCUCCCCAAAGGGACACAUAGUGUUUGUAAACACCGUCCGACAUUCCUUGUUUGUAAGUGUUGUAUGUACUGUUGAUGUUGAUUAAAAAAGAAGUUUAUAUCUUGA